UCAGACAUAUAUAAAUAUAUAUAUAUAAAUAUAUCUGUACACUAAAAGAAUAUUCCUAUCAAACUAAGUGAUAUCAUAAAAUUACAUCAUAAUUAAAGUGGUUUUAUUGACACCUGUUUAUGAACAGCUGACAUAUUUCCUUCCUGGGUGUCUCUCACGCUCUCCCAGCGUGCAGCGGUGAUCACAUGAAGGUGUUGCAGAGGAAACACCUGAACAUGCUAUCAGGUAGGAAGGAACAGAGGGACGUCACUCAGGACAGUCAGGGUUUGUCCUUCAAACGAGCAAAGUAUGAUUGGAGUGUGUGUGUUUUCUUCUAACGUAUGAUGUGCAGCGGCAGAUAUUACCACAGCACAUCUCAUCUGCUGCUGAAUAAACUUACAAUUAACUGAGGAUGUCGUAGUCAAGUCUAAGCUGCUUUGAAGCCACCGGUUUAUUACAAUAACAUUUUCUAUUGAGGCUAACUGUUGUUUAUUAAUAAGGAGAUCAUGAUGAGCUUUAUGGACUGUAUCAGGUUGGUCUACGUGUGUCGGGAAUAGAUAUCGGCUGUAAAUGUUGCUUAUCGUAAGAUAAAGAUAAGAUAAACCAGCGUGUGUUUUAUAAGUUGUACUUGGCUGCAUGUAAGUGAUGGUUGACCUUGUUGUAAAAUAAUCCAGAUAGUGUCAUGAAUAUUUCCCGUCCAGCUGGUUAGUGCUUCAUUAGAACCCAAGGAUACACAUCAUGGAAAAUACUAAUACCAGCAAAUAUACUUCAAGGUAUACUGUACACGAGAAAUCAUUUAAAUAGAACAUUAAUAAAUAGAAUAGGAUUUUUUUAUAAUAAAGAAAAGAAGAGAAGAAAUAAAUAGGAGAGAAAGAAGUAUGUUAACAAUUAAAUAUAAAUGUAAAUACAUAAAAAUCUUAAUUAAAUAUAUUAAAUAAAAUAUUAAUAUCUUAUAAAUGGAAAUGUUUCAGAAUGUAGAAAUAAAACAACUUACUGGAAACCAGUAACAUGACUGUUGAGAGGUGAAUGUCACAUAGUUUAACCCUUUGACAGACAGCUCAGCACCAGUUAUUGAUCACAUGACGCUGUGCUGCACACUGAAUGACGAGUCUUCCCAUCUUUCCACUUCUCCUUAGGUGUUAUGAAAAUGUCUUUUUUUCCAUGUUAAUAGCUCAGCCAUUAACUGAGGAGGGAGAGACCUGCAGUGCUGCACACAGACCGAGACCCCUCAGAGUCCGCCUCUGCCCCCCUGAAGCAGACAUGGGGAAAGUCUACUAUGUCAGUAGAAACGUGGGCCUGGCGCUGCUCGUGCUGGCGGCCACUGCUCUGGUUACGAUUAUAGCUUUGUCCGUUGCCUACGAAAGGGCCAAGAAUCUAGGCAAGUCUAAAGCAGGAGCGACGGGCAGCACCAGCAUGCCUACACCCCUCUCCACCCCCUCCACCCCGAAGGAGCCCUGGGACCGCUACAGACUUCCACACUCCCUCGCUCCCGUCUCCUACAACGUCACCCUGUGGCCCCGGCUGAAGCCCGACGCAGACGGCCUGUACGUCUUCACCGGACACUCAGCGGUGGUGUUCAGGUGUGUGCAGGAGACCGACCUCAUCAUCAUCCACUCCAACAAGCUCAACCUCACCAGCUUCUCUGGGCACCACGCUAAGCUGAGUGGACUGGGUGAAGCCUCGGCGCCCACGAUCCAGAAGUCCUGGCUUGUUGUGAACACGGAGUAUCUGGUCCUUCAGCUGCGCCGCAGACUCGCUGCAGGAGCGUCUUAUGUUCUUUACACUGAGUUUCAGGGGGAGCUGGCAGAUGACCUGGAGGGCUUCUACAGGAGUGAAUACACUGAGGGCGGUGUGAAGAAAGUUGUCGCUACUUCACAGAUGCAAGCAACUUAUGCCAGGAAGACCUUCCCCUGCUUCGACGAGCCCGCCAUGAAAGCUGCUUUCAAUGUCACCCUCGUGCACGACCGCGACACCGUGGCUCUGUCCAACGGCAGGGAAACUGGAACUGCAGACGCUGUCGUCGACGGCGUUCCCGUCAGAGUGACGACAUUCGAGCCCACACAGAGAAUGUCCACAUAUCUGCUGGCGUUUAUUGUCAGUGACUUUGUUAACGUUCAUUCAACCCAAAACAACAAUUUGUUGAUCCGAAUCUGGGCUCGAAGAAAAGCCAUCGAGGACCGGCAGGGUGACUAUGCUCUCAACGUCACAGGGCCGAUGCUUCAGUUUUACGAGCACUACUACAAUGCAACAUAUCCGCUCUCCAAGUCAGAUCAGAUCGCUCUGCCUGACUUCCAUGCUGGAGCGAUGGAGAACUGGGGUCUGAUCACAUACAGGGAGACGGCCCUGCUGUAUGACCCCAUUAUGUCUUCCACUGGAAACAAAGAGAGAGUUACAACUGUCAUCUCCCAUGAACUCGCACACAUGUGGUUUGGAAACCUGGUGACUCUGCGAUGGUGGAACGACCUGUGGCUGAACGAGGGCUUUGCGUCGUACGUGGAGUACCUCGGAGCUGACUAUGCUGAGCCCACCUGGAACAUCAAAGACCAGAUCAUCAUGUCUGAUGUGCACACGGUGUUUGCUGUAGAUGCUCUGGCCUCCUCCCACCCGCUGUCCCGUCAAGAAGAGGAGGUCCAAACUCCUCCUCAGAUCAGCGAGAUGUUCAACACCAUCUCCUACAGCAAGGUCUGCUCCUCUGGACGAAUCUCAUACAGAAUCUGAUGACAGGUCUUUAAAGACAUAGUUAGUAUUCCA